AUCUACUUCUACUAUCAACUACUCUUCUACCCUUUAAUAACAAACACAACUCAAAAUGAAGUUCUCUUCAGUCGCCCCCCUUCUCGCUGCCGUCCCCGGCACCCUUGGCGCUGCCCUGCCCCUCGCUACAAGAGGACAAGACGCAGCUCAGAUCACCUUCAUCGGUGCUGCCGACGCCCAGUUCACCCAGGACUUCCCCAAGGAUGGCUCCGCAGUUACAAUCACCAACCCCCUAAGCAUCUCACACAUCUCCUCCAACAACCCAGAUGUCACCUGUACCUUCACCGGAAUCGACGACAGCUCAACCACCACCAACGGUGUUGCAUUUGUCGACGUCGGCCCUCCCCAGACUCAGGUCCAGGGAUCUUGCAAGCGGAUCUGGCACCCUGAAACAAGAAGCCCAAACGGCGGAGCUGCAAGGGAGGUUGAGAUUACCUUCACCGGGGCUGCAGAUGCGCAGUACAAGCAGUCGUUUCCCAUUGAUGGCGGUGUUUCCACCAUAGGCGAGUCACUCAGUGUCUCGCACAUUUCGUCUAGCACUGGCGGGGUUAAGUGCACAUUCUACGGCGUCGAUGGCAGCAAUACCGUUGUUGAGGGCGCCCAGACUGUUGAUGUUGGGCCCCCCCAGACUCAGUCUGCUGGACACUGUGCUCACCUUUGAGUCUUGACUUGAUUUGACUUUUAUGUCUUGAUUUGGGUCUCUGCUUGAGAAUCCUGCAUUGAUGAUGAGGUGAUUUGUUUAAUCGUUUAUUGUGAUUUUCUUUUCCAAUCAGUUGUAUUACAAGUAGAGUAUGUUGCGGAGGAAUCAGAUUUCUGUCCUUAUAGCUGAAUGAUAUUUAUUUAUCACACGGUUUUAAUACGAAUUGGC